GACCCAUUUUGUUGCUCUAUUGGUAUUGUGCUUCUGCGUUAUGCUCUGCGACUCAGAAGUAAUUUCUAACCAGUUUCACUCGAGUAAAAAUGACAGUUUAAUAAAAUCAGUGAUCUCAAAUACCUUUAUUAGCGUUUUUUCCGAGGAAACUGCGCAUGAAGCAGUGGAGGGAAGUAACCAAACUAGAAUUAACAAUAAGAUGGGCAAUGACAUUGGCGUAAACCAUAGACCUAGACGGUACUUGCCGAUUCGACUCCUAGGAAGACCACCUUCCACCACCGCCCACACUCCUUUCAUGGUGGCUGAAGCCAACAACAACCGAUACCAGUACAUGCCGCUGAAGGACGACGGCUCAGUGCACGAACUGGACCCUUGUCCCGCCCCUUCCUCUCCUUCAGGAGGCGGUGGGAGCAACGUCUUUGCUCUCCUCACCUUCAGCGUAGUGACUGCCAACGUCUUGAUCAACGCCGUGGCCAACGUGAACAGCAACAAUAACAACAACAACAAUAACGAGAACAACAACAACGACAACGUCAAUAACGAGAACGUCAGCAGCAACAUGGACUCCAACACCAACAACAACAUGAUUGUUGGUCGGGCUUUCGGGUCUAGGUCUAAUAACUCGACUAAACGCUGCUCUUGCUCUUGGAAGUCCAAACGUCUUGCCAAGAGGAGGGCGGCCGCCCAGAAGAGCUUCCACUUGCCAAGGUCUCUGGUCUCCUGCGCUCCUAGAGUCAUCUGCGAGACAUCCAGAGUUGCUGCUGCAACUGCCUCUUCUGCUUCGGAACUUGACUAUUUUCUCCAGAGCUUCUCUGGAUUAUCUACCAGAGCUGCUGUAGACUCUUACUUCCCUCCCUCAUUGCUCAGAGAUGCAAGGAUGCUGGGUUUAAAGGGUGGAAGCUGUGAAUCUAAGUAUCAAUGUUCACUAGUUGACUGGAUAACAAAGUGAUCCAAGAUUUACCAUGUUUCUCAAGUGCAUCCCAUUUUCUGUGGGCCGAACAUUUUACAAGAGAAUUCUUCAUGAAAAAAUAAUAAAUAAAUUGUAUUGACUCGAACCUAAUAUGAAGGAAACGUGACA